AUGAUCCAGUCCAGUUUAGAUAGUAAUAUCUAUGAUCCAGUCCAGUUUAGAUAGUAAUAUCUAUGAUCCAGUCCAGUUUAGAUAGUAAUAUCUAUGAUCCAGUCUUAUAUCUAUGCUUCAUUUCUAUGUGUAUGUUGUAGAUCCCACCUGGAAGGGGAGAUGGCUCCAUGGAAGCGGAUACACAUGACCCUCCAGGAGCUGAUAGCCUGGCUGCACAUGAAGACUGACCUGCUGGAGCAGGAACCCCCUGUAGGGGGCGACAUCCCCGCUGUGCAACAACAGCUGGACACACACAGGGUGAGAGAGGAAGACUGGCUGGCUGGGUGGUUAGCUGGUUGGUUGGGUGGUUAGCUGGUUGGUUGGGUGUGUGAUCCACUAGUUGGUUGGUUGAUAGACUAAUUGAUGCGUCAGAAAUCAUUAUAUCUGAUUUAUAACGGCAUAAGUUGUUCAGUGAGCAGAUGAGCCAUACUGCAAGUUCACUGCAUUAUGCAGAUGUUAGGACUACACAAUAUUGGAAUGUUUUUGUAAUGUAUCAUCAUACUCCUAAUGAGGAUAUCAUGCAACAUCAUUAAUAACUGAUGACAGUACCCUGCAACAUCAUUAAUAACUGAUGACAGUACCCUGCAACAUCAUUAAUAACUGAUGACAGUACCCUGCAACAUCAUUAAGAACUGAUGACAGUACCCUGCAACAUCAUUAAGAACUGAUGACAGUACCCUGCAACAUCAUUAAGAACUGAUGACAGUACCCUGCAACAUCAUUAAGAACUGAUGACAGUACCCUGCAACAUCAUUAAGAACUGAUGACAGUACCCUGCAACAUCAUUAAGAACUGAUGAGAGUACUCUGUAACAUCAAUAAGAACUGAUGACAGUACUUGCAAUAUCAUUAAGAACUGAUGACAGUACUCUGCAACAUCAUUAAGAACUGAUGACAGUACUCUGCAACAUCAUUAAGAACUGAGGACAGUACCCUGCAACAUCAUUAAGAACUGAUGACAGUACCCUGCAACAUCAUUAAGAACUGAUGAGAGUACUCUGUAACAUCAUUAAGAACUGAUGACAGUACUUGCAAUAUCAUUAAGAACUGAUGACAGUACUCUGCAACAUCAUUAAGAACUGAUGACAGUACUUGCAAUAUCAUUAAGAACUGAUGGCAGUACUCUGCAAUAUCAUUAAGAACUGAUGACAGUACUCUGCAACAUCAUUAAGAACUGAUGACAGUACUCUGCAAUAUCAUUAAGAACUGAUGACAGUACCCUGCAACAUCAUUAAGAACUGAUGAGAGUACUCUGUAACAUCAUUAAGAACUGAUGACAGUACUUGCAAUAUCAUUAAGAACUGAUGACAGUAUUCUGCAACAUCAUUAAGAACUGAUGACAGUACUUGCAAUAUCAUUAAGAACCGAUGGCAGUACUCUGCAAUAUCAUUAAGAACUGAUGACAGUACUCUGCAACAUCAUUAAUAACUGAUGACAGUACUCUGCAAUAUCAUUAAGAACUGAUGACAGUACCAUGCAACUUCAUUAAGAACUGAUGGCAGUACUCUGCAACAUCAUUAAGAACUGAUGACAGUAUUCUGCAAUAUCUUUAAGAACUUAUGACAGUACCAUGCAACUUCAUUAAGAACUGAUGGCAGUACUCUGCAACAUCAUUAAGAACUGAUGACAGUAUUCUGCAACAUCAUUAAGAACUGAUGACAGUACCAUUCAACAUCAUUAAGAACUGAUGACAGUACUCUGUAACAUCAUUAAGAACUGAUGACAGUACUUGCAACAUCAUUAAGAACUGAUGACAGUAUUCUGCAACAUCAUUAAGAACUGAUGACAGUAUUCUGCAACAUCAUUAAGAACUGAUGACAGUAUUCUCAACAUCAUGAAGAACUGAAUGUAAAGAAUGAAUGAGAAGUUCAUCUUGUCUGCAGCCAGGUCUGCUAUGUAUGUGGUCAGUCCAAUUAUAGUGGAUGUUGUAGUGAUAUAAUCUUGUUGACUGGGAUUCCUUUCAUGUGUUGUUCUGAUGCUGGUGUUGUCAUGGAGCCUGUGCUUCACACAGUGUGUAGGUGUGUGUGUUUUUACACUAACUCUCCUGCACUGACUCUAUACAGACACACUGGACUCUACCCACACACUCACACACACAUACACACACAAACAUAAACUUGUUUUUUGCUCUAACUCUCCUGCACUGACUCUAUACAGACACACUGGACUCUACCCACACACUCACACACACACACACUACAUACGCCCACACACACAUAACAUGCACCCACAUUUGAUCUUAUCUUUAACUCUGCAUUGUUGGAAAAGGACCAGUAAGUCAGCAUUUCACUGUUAGUCUACUGUUGUUUACCAAACAUGUGACAAAUAACAUUUGAUUUGAUUUGUGUGUGUGUUACAGAGCUUCAGGAGAGAUCUGAGGGCCAAGGGCCCGGUGGUUAACGGCGCUCUGGACCAGGUCCAGAUCUUCCUGUCUGAACUGCCUGCUGAGAGGGAUCCACAGCCUGACCAAAGAGGUGAGUAGGACACACUGUUAGCCCGCUGAACUAAAGCCUAGGUAUUCAUUCAUGGACUUAACACGAGUCUAAGACAAGGUUACACACUGGUAUACACAAACAGAUACACUCCUCAUACUCAUGGACACCGACACUCAUUUUUACCCACUUAUAAUCCACGUGCGUCCGCUCAUGUAACUGACAACAUACAGUGCCGUGAAAAAAGGAUUUGCACCCUUUCUAAUUUUCUCCACUUUUGCAUAUUUUUGAUACUGAAUGUUAUCAGAUCUUCAACCAAAACCUAAUAUUAGAUAAAGGGAACAUAAGUGAACAAAUAACACAACAAUUACAGUGAGGGAAAAAAGUAUUUGAUCCCCUGCUGAUUUUGUAUGUUUGCCCACUGACAAAGAAAUGAUCAGUCUACAAUUUUAAUGGUAGGUUUAUUUGAACAGUGAGAGACAGAAUAACAACAAAAGAAUCCAGAAAAACGCAUGUCAAAAAUGUUAUAAAUUGAUUUGCAUUUUAAUGAGGGAAAUAAGUAUUUGACCCCCUCUCAAUCAGAAACUUUUCUGGCUCCCAGGUGUCUUUUAUACAGGUAACGAGCUGAGAUUAGGAGCACACACUUAAAGGGAGUGCUCCUAAUCUCAGCAUGUUACCUGUAUAAAAGACACCUGUCCACAGAAGCAAUCAAUCAAUCAGAUUCCAAACUCUCCACCAUGGCCAAGACCAAAGAGCUAUCCAAGGAUGUCAGGGACAAGAUUGUAGACCUACAUAAGGCUGGAAUGGGCUACAAGACCAUCGCCAAGCAGCUUGGUGAGAAGGUGACAACAGUUGGUGCAAUUAUUUGCAAAUGGAAGAAACACAAAAUAACUGUCAAUCUCCCUCGGCCUGGGGAUCCAUGCAAGAUCUCACCUCGUGGAGUUGCAAUGGUCAUGAGAACGGUGAGGAAUCAGCCUAGAACUACACGGGAGGAUCUUGUCAAUGAUCUCAAGGCAGCUGGGACCAUAGUCACCGAGAAAACAAUUGGUAACACACUAGCGCCCGCAAGGUCCCCCUGCUCAAGAAAGCACAUAUACAGGGCCGUCUGAAGUUUGCCAAUGAACAUCUGAAUGAUUCAGAGGAGAACUCACCGUCAAACAUGGAGGUGGAAACAUUAUGCUUUGGGGGUGUUUUUCUGCUAAGGGGACAGGACAACUUCACUGCAUCAAAUGGACGAUGGACGGGGCCAUGUACCGUCAAAUCCUUCCCUCAGCCAGGGCAUUGAAAAUGGGUCGUGGAUGGGUAUUCCAGCAUGACAAUGACCCAAAACACACGGCCAACGCAACAAAGGAGUGGCUCAAGAAGAAGCACAUUAAGGUCCUGGAGUGGCCUAGCCAGUCUCCAGACCUUAAUCCCAUAGAAAAUCUGUCGAGGGAGCUGAAGGUUCGAGUUGCCAAACGUCAGCCUCGAAACCUUAAUGACUUGGAGAAGAUAUGCAAAGAGGAGUGCAACAAAAUCCCUCCUGAGAUGUGUGCAAACCUGGUGACCAACUACAAGAAACGUCUGACCUCUGUGAUUGCCAACAAGGGUUUUGCCACCAAGUACUAUGUCAUGUUUUGCAGAGGGGUCAAAUACUAAUUUCCCUAAUUAAAAUGCAAAUCAAUGUAUAACAUUUUUGACAUGCAUUUUUCUGGAUUUUGUUGUUGUUAUUCUGUCUCUCACUGUUCUAAUAAACCUACCAUUAAAGUGAUAGACUGAUCAUUUCUUUGUCAGUGGGCAAACGUACAAAAUCAGCAGGGGAUCAAAUACUUUUUUCCCUCACUGUACAUACUUAUUUCAUUUAUUUCAUAAACAAAGUUAUGCAACACCCAAUGCCCCUUUAUGAAAAAGUAAUUGCCCCCUUACAUUCAAUAACUGGUUGUGCCACCUUUAGCUGCAAUGACUCCAACAAAACACUUGCUGUAGUUGUUGAUCAGUCUCUCACUUUGCUAUUGGGAUGCUUUGCUGCCUCAGGACCUGGACAACUUGCCUUAAUAGAAGGAACCAUGAAUUCUGCUCUGUAUCAGAGAAUUCUACAGGAGAAUGUCAGGCCAUCCGUCUGUGAGCUGAAGCGCAGCUGGGUCAUGCAGCAAGACAAUGAUCCAAAACACACAAUCAGGUUUACAUGAAAAUGUAUAAAAAACAACAAAUUUGAAGUUUUGGGAUGACCUAGUCAAAGUCCAGACCUAAUCCCAAUUGAGGUGUUGUGGCAGGACUUGAAAUGAGCCGUUCAUGCUUGAAAACCCACUAAUGUCGCUGAGUUAAAGCGGUUCUGCAUUUAAGAGUGGGCCAAAAUUCCUCCACAGCGACGUGAGAGACUGAUCAACAACUACAAGAAGCGUUUGGUUGGAGUCAUUGCAGCUAAAGGUGGCACAACCAGUUAUUGAGUGUAAAGGGGCAAUUACUUUUUCACACAUGGGAAUUGGGUGUUUUUUGUUACUUGUAAACUCAGGUUCCCUUUAUCUAAUAUUAGGUUUUGGUUGAAGAUCUGAUAACAUUCAGUAUAGAAAAUAUGCAAAGGUAGGGAAAAUCAGAAAGGGGGCAAAUCCUUUUUCCCAGCCCUGUAUCUCAGCUGACUGACAUGUUUCCCUGAGUGUGCAGAACUGGACUAUCCAUCAUCUGAUUAUGACUAAGUUCAUAACAUCAGCUGACUUGACAGCCAGUUCAGGCUCUAUAAUCGGCUCAUGGGGUUCUGUUUAUAAAACAGAGAAACACUAAGCCAAGGAGUUUUAUCCCACUACUCCCAAUGUUUAGAUUUUGGAGGUCUAAGAUCUGCAUUUUCCAAUAAAAGGUGUAGAAAUGAGAAGGCACCAUGCCCCGCAGUUUCACUUGUGUUCCUUACUAAACAGCCAGCUCCUGUUUGUUCCCUAACACGCUGAGUGUGACCUCUUUACCAUAGCAACUGCCUGGCAACCCGUAGUGAGGGAAACUAUUCAACUCUAGCUGCUCAUUCAAUUCAAUGGGCUCCAAUGUGUUUUCCUCAGGUGUGGGAUUAUUGUUUUAAUAACCAUGAACCCUAUGAUCUAAGUCAUGUUUUUAGCCUUUAUGUGAUGAAGUUGGAAAGGAUUUAGGGCUGAUCAAGACAAUAAAGUAACAAAUAACUUUCAAAGAGUAAAAACCCAGAGUUUGAAUUUCAAUCUUCUAAGUAUUUUAUGAGCUUAGUAUAAAUUAGGAUUGUUGUGUCAGGUCCUUAUACGAUCUGAUAACUCCUUCAAUUCAAUGAAGCUUGAUCAUUCCCUGAGGGGACACAAAAAUUAUCAAACAAUGCUCUGUUUCUUUCUGUCCUGUCAGACAUCAGUCCAGAGGAGCGCGCCCAGAACGUGGGGCGUGUCCUGCGAAAGGAGGCGGAGGAUGUGGCGUCAGGGUGGGAGGGGCUUAACGAGGAGGCUGCUGAUUGGCAGAAGAGGCUGGAGCUGGCUCUGGAUAGGCUGUUGGAGCUUCACAAGGCCCAGGACCAGCUAGAGCUGAGGCUGAGCCAGGCUGAGAUGGUGAAGGAGGCCUGGGAACCUGUUGGAGACCUGCUCAUAGACUCACUACCUGAACACAUCCACAGGGUCAAGGUGAGAGAGAGAGAGAGAGAGAGACACACAUACUGUAGAUAAUAUAUACACACACACACACGCACCCAACCUUAACAGAUAGAGAGAGUCAAGGUGAGAUAGGAUAGACAUUUUUGUAUUCUUUAUUCUUCAUUUGGAUCCCCAUUAGCUGAUGCCUUAAAGGAAUACUUUGGGAUUUUGGCAAUGAGGCCCUUUAUCUACUUCCCCAGGAAGUUAGAGGUAGUUUCGCGAACCAAUGCUUACUAGCAUUAGCACAAUGACUGGAAGUCUAUGGGUAUCUGCUAGCAUGCAAGCAGAUACCCAUAGACUUCCAGUCAUUGCGCUAACGCCAGUUAGCAAUUGCGCUAGUGCUACUUAGCAACUUCCUUCAAACCGCACGCAGAGACGCAUCUGACUCUGGCAAAGUAGAUAAAGGGCCUCAUUGCCAAAAUCCCAAAGUAUCCCUUUAAUGACGGCUAGUCUUCCUGAGGUCAGAUGUACACAUCUCUCUCUAGCUGAUGCCUUAGUGACCUCUAGUCUUCCUGAGGUCAGAUGUACACAUCUCUCUCUAGCUGAUGCCUUAGUGACCGCUAGUCUUCCUGAGGUCAGAUGUACACAUCUCUCUCUAGCUGAUGCCUUAGUGACCUCUAGUCUUCCUGAGGUCAGAUGUACACAUCUCUCUCUAGCUGAUGCCUUAGUGACCGCUAGUCUUCCUGAGGUCAGAUGUACACAUCUCUCUCUAGCUGAUGCCUUAGUGACCUCUAGUCUUCCUGAGGUCAGAUGUACACAUCUCUCUCUAGCUGAUGCCUUAGUGACCGCUAGUCUUCCUGAGGUCAGAUGUACACAUCUCUCUCUAGCUGAUGCCUUAGUGACCGCUAGUCUUCCUGAGGUCAGAUGUACACAUCUCUCUCUAGCUGAUAAGGGGUACAGUGUGUGUUCUCUAGGUAGUGAAUGAAGGUACAGUAAUUGGUUCGUGGCUCCAUCUUCAAUGUGUGUGUGAGCGUGUUUGCCUGUGUGUGUAUGUGUGUGUUCUUCACUGCAGGCGUUCCAGGCGGAGAUAGCUCCUAUCAAAAACGAUGUGAGCCAUGUCAACAACCUGGCCUCUACCUUCGGCCCUCCGGACCUCGUCCUCUCACAACCCAACCUGGACAGACUGGAGGACCUCAACACACGCUGGAGGAUGCUACAGGUACACACACACACACACACACACACACACACACACACACACACACACACACACACACACACACACACACACACACACACACACACACACACACACACACACAAACAGACACACAAUUCUUUAUGAAGACACUGAUUGAGCACCCCUGACUGAGUUCCCAAGCUUCAUGCUUGAUAUUGAAUAAAUGUACUUUGUGACCUCAUUAAAAAUGUUACCUCCAGGAGCAUCUGUCCCAUCGUCAGGUUGUCCUGAGUCUAAUACAGAGCCAGAGGUCAGGUUGUCCUGAGUCUAAUACAGAGCCAGUGGUCAGGUUGUCCUGAGUCUAAUACAGAGCCAGUGGUCAGGUUGUCCUGAGUCUAAUACAGAGCCAGUGGUCAGGUUGUCCUGAGUCUAAUACAGAGCCAGUGAGGUCAGGUUGUCCUGAGUCUAAUACAGAGCCAGUGGUCAGGUUGUCCUGAGUCUAAUACAGAGCCAGUGGUCAGGUUGUCCUGAGUCUAAUACAGAGCCAGUGAGAUCAGGUUGUCCUGAGUCUAAUACAGAGCCAGUGAGGUCAGGUUGUCCUGAGUCUAAUACAGAGCCAGUGAGGUCAGGUUGUCCUGAGUCUAAUACAGAGCCAGAGGUCAGGUUGUCCUGAGUCUAAUACAGAGCCAGAGGUCAGGUUGUCCUGAGUCUAAUACAGAGCCAGUGGUCAGGUUGUCCUGAGUCUAAUACAGAGCCAGUGGUCAGGUUGUCCUGAGUCUAAUACAGAGCCAGAGGUCAGGUUGUCCUGAGUCUAAUACAGAGCCAGUGAGGUCAGGUUGUCCUGAGUCUAAUACAGAGCCAGUGAGGUCAGGUUGUCCUGAGUCUAAUACAGAGCCAGUGGUCAGGUUGUCUUGAGUCUAAUACAGAGCCAGCGGUCAGGUUGUCCUGAGUCUAAUACAGAGCCAGUGAGGUCAGGUUGUCCUGAGUCUAAUACAGAGCCAGUGAGGUCAGGUUGUCCUGAGUCUAAUACAGAGCCAGUGAGGUCAGGUUGUCCUGAGUCUAAUACAGAGCCAGUGGUCAGGUUGUCCUGAGUCUAAUACAGAGCCAGUGAGGUCAGGUUGUCCUGAGUCUAAUACAGAGCCAGAGGUCAGGUUGUCCUGAGUCUAAUACAGAGCCAGUGGUCAGGUUGUCCUGAGUCUAAUACAGAGCCAGUGGUCAGGUUGUCCUGAGUCUAAUACAGAGCCAGUGGUCAGGUUGUCCUGAGUCUAAUACAGAGCCAGUGAGGUCAGGUUGUCCUGAGUCUAAUACAGAGCCAGUGAGGUCAGGUUGUCCUGAGUCUAAUACAGAGCCAGUGAGGUCAGGUUGUCCUGAGUCUAAUACAGAGCCAGUGAGGUCAGGUUGUCCUGAGUCUAAUACAGAGCCAGUGGGUCAGGUUGUCCUGAGUCUAAUACAGAGCCAGUGAGGUCAGGUUGUCCUGAGUCUAAUACAGAGCCAGUGAGGUCAGGUUGUCCUGAGUCUAAUACAGAGCCAGUGGUCAGGUUGUCCUGAGUCUAAUACAGAGCCAGUGAGGUCAGGUUGUCCUGAGUCUAAUACAGAGCCAGUGAGGUCAGGUUGUCCUGAGUCUAAUACAGAGCCAGUGAGGUCAGGUUGUCCUGAGUCUAAUACAGAGCCAGAGGUCAGGUUGUCCUGAGUCUAAUACAGAGCCAGUGAGGUCAGGUUGUCCUGAGUCUAAUACAGAGCCAGUGAGGUCAGGUUGUCCUGAGUCUAAUACAGAGCCAGUGAGGUCAGGUUGUCCUGAGUCUAAUACAGAGCCAGUGAGGUCAGGUUGUCCUGAGUCUAAUACAGAGCCAGUGGUCAGGUUGUCCUGAGUCUAAUACAGAGCCAGUGAGUGUCAGGUUGUCCUGAGUCUAAUACAGAGCCAGUGAGGUCAGGUUGUCCUGAGUCUAAUACAGAGCCAGUGGUCAGGUUGUCCUGAGUCUAAUACAGAGCCAGUGAGGUCAGGUUGUCCUGAGUCUAUACAGAGCCCAGUGAGGUCAGGUUGUCCCUUGAGUUCCUAAUACAGAGCAGUGAGGUCAGGUGGUCCUGAGUCUAAUACAGAGGCCAGUGAGGUCAGGUUGUCCUGUGUGCUGUAUUGUUACCACACCCAAUAAGGAUCCUGACUGAUGCCCUUCCUCCCUCCAUGAGACCCCUCUCUCCCUGCCUCCCUCCCUGAGACCCCUCUCUCCCUGCCUCCCUCCCUGAGACCCCUCUCUCCCUGCCUCCCUCCCUGAGACCUCGUCUCCUGCCUCCUCCCUGAGACCCCUCUCCCCUGCCUCCCCCCUGAGACCCCUCUCUCCCUCCCUCCCUCCCUGAGACCCCUCCUCCCAUGCCCUCCCUCCCUGAGACCCCUCUCUCCCUGCCUCCCUCCCUGAGACCCCUCUCUCCCUCCCUCCCUCCCUGA